GCCACAACCACAAUAUCACAGCCAAAGUUCGGGCCUUGAUUCUCUACCAAACACUAAUUGCUUCUUUCCUAAAGUGAUGGCCUCCUCCCCGCUUGUGGUGUCCCCUCUAUUUCUGCUGACACUCGCCUCCUCCUGUCUUCUUUUUCUUCAACCCCAUCCCUGCAAUGCCAAUUCACUCAUUAGUUGUCUUUUUGAGAAGAUUUAUAAUUUUGGUGACUCGCUUUCAGAUACUGGGAAUCUAAUUCGGCUAAAGCCAAUCGGUCCAGCCACACCUUUCACAAGGCUUCCCUACGGUGAAACUUUUUUCAAGCAUGCGACCGGUCGAGCCUCAAACGGUCGGCUCAUGAUCGACUUCAUCGCUAAUGCAUCUGGCCUUCCCUUUCUUAAUCCCUACUUGGAAAAAGAUGCAGACUUCACACAUGGAGUCAACUUCGCCGUUGCUGGUGCCACUGCGUUACCAGCAGAGUUUCUAGCCAAAAGGAAUAUCGUAAACCUGUAUACUAACAACUCACUCAAAGUGCAACUCGAUUGGAUGUCUAAACAUCUCGAUUGCACACGCACCAUAGAAGGAGGCUGCUUGGAGAAGCGAAAGAACUCUCUUUUUGUGCUUGGAGAGAUUGGAGCAAACGAUUAUGCCUACUCAUUAAUCGAAGGAAAAACUAUGCAGGAGAUAAAAAAUUUGGUACCUGAAGUUGUUGCAACAAUAAUCAGUGGUGUUCGGCGGGUGAUCAUGAGCUACGGAGCUGUUAGGGUGGUAGUCCCUGGCAUUUUUGCAAAUGGUUGUUUUCCAGCCAUCCUAACAUUAUAUCAAACAAGCAACUCAAGUGCCUAUGAUAAGCAUGGGUGCUUGAAAGAAAUCAAUAGCUUCGCGUACUACCACAAUAAAAAGUUACAAGAAGCCAUCCAGGAAUUGAAAAGAGAGUAUCCUGAUGUUAUUAUCGUUUAUGUUGAUUACAACCGUGCCUUCCAAUGGCUUUUCAAUCAUGCCGUACAUCUUGGAUUUGAUGGCAAGUCUACGCUGAAGGCUUGUUGUGGAAUUGGUGGGGAUUACAAUUUUGAUUUGACCAAUUUGUGUAGUUCCGAGGUUCCGGUCUGUCCAAAUCCUAAUCAAUUCAUAAGUUGGGAUGGUAUUCAUCUGACAGAAGCAGCAUAUAAGAGGAUGGCUGAAUGGCUUAUUGACGACAUGUUGCCCAAGCUACAAUGUUGUGUUUAAGUUGGUCUUAUUCCAGUUUCCCAAUAAUUGAGAAAGUAAAAAGUAAUAUAUAUGUGAUUUUUUAACUUGGCCUAAAUGUAAUAUCUUUAUCAAAGAAUAAUGAUCAAAUUUAAUGGAUGGUUUUACGUA